GAGAACCGCACUGCCUGCCUGCUGCUUGCUUUCCCGGGUUGGUGGCUUGACCUAAAGACCGCUGUGUUGCGCGAGCAAGACUACGGAGGAAAUCCGUGCAUCGCAACAACUUGAAUCAAUUCGAUUGUCCAUUUAGUUGAAAGGAAUAUCUGCAACUGCAGAAGGACUAUCCCAGAAGCGAAGCUACAAAUAGCCCAACACACAACACUCGGCUUCAGUAUCUUUCGUGGUUGACGUUUUGAGUAACAGGAAAGGGACUGUUGGAGACGGAAUUCAGCUAUGAUUUCCAAUACGACGUUCUAUCAAAGCUGUCUUUUAUGAACUUUUUUUUUUGCUUUUGGAGUAAGCAAGUUUUAAAGGGGCCUUCUUCUGGAAUAACAUUAUAAUUGUACCUAAACUAAAGGGAAUAAAAUGCCGGACCAGAUCACAGUGUCAGAGUUCAUAGCUGAAACGAAUGAGGACUAUAAAGCGCCCACAGCUUCAAACUUCACGACGCGAAUGUCUCAUUGUAGAAAUACUGUGACUGCAUUGGAGGAGGCACUGGAUGUGGACCGCAGCGUGCUCUAUAAGAUGAAGAAGUCAGUGAAGGCCAUCUACACCUCUGGUCUGGCUCACGUGGAGAAUGAGGAGCAGUACACCCAGGCGCUGGAGAAGUUUGGGGAGAACUGUGUGUACAGAGACGACCCCGACCUGGGUUCCGCGUUCCUCAAGUUUUCUGUCUUCACCAAAGAACUCACAGCCCUUUUCAAGAACUUGUUUCAGAACAUGAACAAUAUCAUCACCUUCCCACUGGACAGCCUGCUGAAGGGGGACCUGAAAGGAGUGAAGGGGGACCUGAAGAAGCCUUUUGAUAAAGCCUGGAAGGACUACGAGACCAAAGUCUGCAAAGGACAUUCUUUACUGAAAGGCACCAAGAUCGAGAAGGAGAAGAAGGAGCACGCUCGGCAGCACGGCAUGAUCCGCACGGAGAUCAGCGGCGCCGAGAUCGCCGAGGAGAUGGAGAAGGAGCGGCGCUUCUUCCAGCUCCAGAUGUGUGAGUAUCUCCUCAAAGUGAAUGAGAUUAAAAUCAAGAAAGGGGUGGACCUCCUUCAAAACCUCAUCAAAUACUUUCAUGCACAGUGCAACUUCUUCCAAGAUGGUCUGAAAGCAGUGGACAACCUGAAGCCCUCUAUUGAGAAGCUAGCCACAGACCUGCACACCAUCAAACAGGCACAGGAUGAGGAGCGCAAGCAGCUAACUCAGCUCAGAGACGUGCUCAAGUCUGCACUACAGGUGGACCAGAAAGAGUCUAGGAGAGAUUCCCAGGUGAGACAGAGCGCCACCUACAGUUUGCACCAGCCGCAGGGUAACAAGGAGCACGGCACAGAGAGGAGCGGGAACCUCUACAAGAAAAGUGACGGCUUGAGGAAGGUGUGGCAGAAGAGGAAGUGCUCGGUGAAGAACGGCUACCUGACCAUCUCACAUGGCACGGCCAACCGACCGCCAGCCAAGCUCAACCUCCUGACCUGCCAGGUCAAGCACAACCCCGAGGAGAAGAAGAGCUUUGACCUCAUCUCACAUGACAGGACGUAUCACUUCCAGGCGGACGAUGAGGCGGAAUGUCAGAUAUGGAUCUCGGUGCUGCAGAACAGUAAGGAGGAGGCGCUCAACAACGCCUUCAAGGGUGACCAGCACGUGGGCGAGAACAACAUCGUGCAGGAGCUCACCAAGGCUAUUGUGGGCGAGGUCAAGCGGAUGACCGGCAACGACGUCUGCUGCGACUGCGGCGCACCCGGUCCUACCUGGCUCUCCACCAACCUGGGCAUCCUCACCUGCAUCGAAUGCUCCGGCAUCCACCGUGAGCUCGGCGUCCACUACUCUCGGAUACAGUCGCUCACGCUGGACGUCCUGAGCACCUCCGAGCUCCUGCUAGCCAAGAACGUGGGGAAUGCAGGCUUCAACGAGAUCAUGGAGGCCUGUCUGACUGCGGAAGAUGUGGUCAAACCCAACCCAGCCAGUGACAUGCAGGCGAGGAAGGACUUCAUCACGGCCAAGUACACAGAGAAGCGCUUCGCCAGGAAGAAGUGUCCCGACGGCACGUCCAAGUUGCACACACUGUGUGACGCGGUGAAGGCCCGCGACAUCUUCUCCCUCAUCCAGGUGUACGCCGAGGGAGUGGACCUGAUGGAGCCCAUCCCCCUGGCCAAUGGACACGAACACGGAGAAACAGCUCUGCACUUAGCGGUCAGACUGGUGGACAGGACAUCACUGCACAUUGUAGACUUCCUGACGCAGAACAGUGUGAACCUGGACAAGCAGACGGCCAAGGGCAGCACAGCACUGCACUACUGCUGCCUGACGGACAACAGCGAGUGCCUGAAGCUCCUACUGCGAGGGAAGGCCUCCAUAGACAUCGCUAAUGAAGCAGGAGAGACGCCAUUGGAUAUCGCCCGGCGACUCAAACACACUCAGUGUGAGGAGCUGCUAAACCAGGCGCUGGCGGGGAAGUUUAACGCUCACGUGCACGUGGAGUACGAGUGGCGCCUUCAGCACGAGGACCUCGACGAGAGCGAUGAGGACCUGGAUGAAAAGCCCAGCCCCCACCGUCGAGAUGAGCGUCCGGUCAGCUGCUACACGCCGGGCUCUGCCCUGCAGCCCAGUCCAGCCUCGUUGGCGCGGGAUGCCGCCAGCCUGGUCAAGGAUAAGCAGCGCGUGGGCUUCGUGCCCAACCUGGUCAACAACGAGACCUACGGCACCAUCCUUAACACCAACCCCGUCCCACCGGGCUCAGCGGGCAUCCCCAUCACCACCGCACCCCCCCUGCCCCCACGGAACAUAGGGCAGCUAGCUGUGAUGGGUGGGCUGGGGCAGACAAGCUCGUCGGGGUGGAAGCCAGGUGGCUCCAAAGACCUGUCAGGCCGGCAGAGGUCCUCCUCUGACCCCCCAAACAUGCACCCUCCGGCGCCCCCCAUGCGCAUCAACUCCACCACCAUCGUGGGGCCCAACCCCUCUGCUCCCAUGGCUAAGACGGUCAGCGUGAUGGAGGCUAUGAACCCACUGCCAAAGACGGGACAGGGUAUGAACCGAGGACCAGCAUCUGGCAUGGACAAGUUCAACAAAGGACCCCCAGUUCACUCCGGCUCCAUUGAGAGACCAGGUAGAUGUCAGAGAAACAUGUUCAACUCUAAAGAAGCUCCUGGCCCCCAGAACACUAUCAGCCAAUCGCUUCCCCCGGCUCCGGUGCCGCGGAAACCAGGGUUCUCGAAACAGAGGCCGAAGCGAGUGAAGGCUCUCUACAACUGCGUGGCAGAUAACCCAGACGAGCUGACCUUCACCGAGGGCGAGGUGAUCGUGGUGGAUGGGGAGGAGGACCAGGAGUGGUGGCUGGGCCACAUAGAAGGAGAGCCAAUGAGGAGGGGCGCGUUUCCUGUCACCUUCGUGUUCUUCAUAUCGGACUGACAGGCGGGGAUCACAGGCGCUGAGCAACGCUGAAGAGCGUCUGCUGAGAAGUGUCUGUCGAGGUCUUCCUCUCCACAGUCUUCAUCAUUAUCAUCAUCAUCAUCAUCAUCGUUGCCGGUGCCUGUGCUGAUACUCCCCAAGCCCAACAGUGUGACUUACAGCAACUAGUGACAUGACAACGCACACUCCCCUUACUGGGAAUGUCAUCAUCCUCAUCCUCAUCAUCAUCAUCAUCAUCAACGUCAUCGUCAUCUCUACAACAAGCUCUCAGCACUCCUGGGAGCAUGUUUUUAAAUAUUGUUUUGGUCCUUGUUUUUCUCCUUUUCUUCCAGCUGUGGUGAAAAACAGGAAAAAGAAGGAAAAAAAGAUUGUAGUCUGUGACUUUAGCAAUAAAUGCACUUUUGACUUAUUUAUCCUAACUGAAACGAGGAAGAAUGUUAACAUUAUGAAGAGGUGUUCAGAUCAGAAUUUGUACAGAAAGUUUUCCUAAAAGUGGACAGUGGAAACUAUUGUAAAAUAUUUUUUAUCAGUUGGAAUCUCUCUUACUAAAUAUCUCUAUAAAUAUCUGUGUGAAAUGUUACAGUAGACCUGUUUGCUAACAUUCCAUAUCUGGCAUGUUUUUUUUUUUUUUUUUGUAUUACUGACGUUACGGAAUUGCUGAUGAAGCCGGUGGGUGUGUGGGACUCUGCAGCGUCAUGUUGUGUUUCCUAUAUGGUGCUAACCCAGGGAUGUGCCAACAGGCCUCUCCAGAGGGGGCGCGGUGCGGCGCGGCUCGGCUGUCCCCAUUUCCAAGCAACCCUCAGUGAGGCGGAGAGUAUAAAUAGGACCUUCUCUGAUCACACCUGGGAGGGCAUAGGCUGCUGCACUGUGUGUGUGUGUGUGUGUGUGAGAGUGUGUGCGUGUGUGCGCACGAGUGAAAACAAACGUGUGUACGAGUGAGAAUGAGAGUGUGUCUAUAUUAGAGAGAAAAGUGUGUUUCUGACAGAACUUGAGAGAUGUGGAAACGUGUGUGUGCGUGCGUGCGUGCGUGCGUGUGUGUGUGUGUGUGUCUGUGCAACAGUGAGAGAGACCGAUGCAGAGAGCUAAAGGGGGUGGGGCGGGGGUAAAUCAUAAAUAUGUAUUUUUUAAGAGGGGGGGUGACAAAAUUGGGCCAGAAUGAGGCAAUCUAAUUGGGUUGGUCUCGAUGUUCCAAUGACUUCAGUGGACAGUAUGGAUAGUCCAGGAGCGCCCGAAUCAAUCAUCUGACGAUGAGCAUGACUGUGCAACUGGACCACCCAGGCUACAAAGUGCUUUAUCUCUGCCUCUAACACACAGCAACAAGGGGAGAACUGGUUGUGUUGUUAUUUACAAUCUCCUCCUCUCCAUUUAUAGACCUCAUUUCCAUGCUUAGCAGCAUUGGCAGUAUAAAAAAAAAGGUCUGACAGCCCCACAAUGGCACAUUUCUGUUAUCUAUUAACGUCACACUUCGAGUUCUGUCACAUCACCCCAUGUGGUCGUAAGGUCUUCAUCACGCAGCCCGGGUUCCUUUUGGACCGCACCUCUGUGAAGAAUCAGCUUGUGCCUCGAACCCCUUCUCAUCCAGUCUGCAUGUUUUGAGUUUUAUUUGUAAUCUACAAAGGAAAAGGCUUUCCUGCCAUGUCGUAUAAUAAGCGUAGUCUUCCACAUUCUCCUCACUGUCUUCCCCAUCUCUCCCCCGCGUUCACUUUUUAUUCUUUCAUGCAAUCAUCACACCCACCUUCUACUGCCAGAGUAGACGUCUCGUCAUCAUGGAAAAGCGUUAACAGAGCAUUUUAUAUGAAGAACUUGAUUUGGUUGCAGAGCAACUCCUAUAGAAUGUGUAUUAAAAAAUAUAUAUGUAUACGGUUUAAUUAACUGACAUUGUAGCAUAGAUGGAAUUUUGACUAUGACCUACAGUGAACUGUAAUUUGUGGCUGAGGGGGGUGGAUGUAUGGUGUGACGACACACCCCAGCACAUCUCAUUGGAAAAAAAGGACUGGAAUUGUAAAUAUAAAUGUAUACUUUUUGUGCAUAUUUAAAUGUGAACAGAACUACAUGUCAUGGCUCUAGGUCUAGAGUGGUGACUAGGAUGCCACGCAAUCCUGUGUGUGUGUGUGUGUGUGUAGGCCUCCAGUGUACACUUUAACAAAGUCAAACAAGCUACAUUAUACCAUUCACUUCUAUAUAGUGUGGAUCACUGCAUCGAUUCUUAAUAUAUUGUACAAAUAAAUGGGAAACUGGAACUGAAACCAAGUGACAAA